AUGGCUGCCGAUGACAGAGAAUAUCUCUCCUUGAAGGUUAUGCGGCUUUCGCAGCCAUCAUGGGAGACUAACGUAUGGCCAUUUGUUUCUCUCCGCGACGUAGCGCGCGAAGAUGCUGAUGCACUGCAGGCUGCGACAGAGGAGGCGGUCAAUGAGAAAUGGCUAUCGAGUGCUCAUGCCCUGCUACUGCCAGUAACACAAGGGCGAGUCUUUAGUGGGGAAGUUUUCUCGGCAUACCUCAAUAUUACGAACACAUCAGCAGUUCAAGCCAACAACGUUAAGCUUCAGGUUGAGCUUUUCCUAGGGCGCUUCCGAUAUGUAUUAUUUGACAAUUCUGAGGAUCCUGUUUUAAGCUUGAAUCCUGAAGAUUCGUUCGACUGCACGAUUCAGCACCAGCUUGAGGAGUCCGGAACAUGCAUGCUCGUUUGCUCCAUUUCACAUUACAUCGCUUCAUCUGCGGAGCCGAAAUCCUUCAAGAAGUCAUUCAGAUUUACUGCUCAGAGCCCAUUCAAGGUUACCCAUCGCAUUGCGCACCUACAAGACAAAACAGUUGUUGAAUGCACACUACUUAAUGUAUCUCAGCAGUUUGUUUUUCUGAAUGAGGCCACAAUACUAUUCUGCAAAGGAAUUCACAACUUUCGCCCUAAGGACUGUUUUACUGUACUCUUUGCGCUCUUUCCCACAAAUCCUCAGCUGUUUUUGGAAGACCUAGCGAAGCACGUGCCGAACUUGGGACAACUAACACUUCAAUGGCGCACAUCAACCGGGGGAGUUGGAACCUUAAGCGAUUACUUGCUGACAAAUGUGCCUCAGCCGAUGCAGCCGCUUGAAGUCCGUCUAGCUUCAUUUCCAUCAUCAGUGGAGGUCGAUCGGCCAUUCCAUGUGGAGUUAGAGGUCAUCAACAGGCUUAACACGGCUCUGCAACUCGUGCUUAAUGUCAAGCUUUCAGAACUCGAGCCGUUUGUCCUGGAAGGCCCAAGCCAGCUGGUAAAUAUUAUGUUUCCCCUAAGUUCGCAAUGUAAGCAUUAG